AUGGAAUACAGGAACAAUGUGACAAAGUUUGUUCUUAUGGGACUCACGCAGAACCCACACAUGGAGAAAAUCAUACUUGCUGUGUUUUUGUUCAUCUGCAUAGUCUCUGAGUUUGGAAAUUUGCUCAUUCUGAUCGCCAUUACAAAUAGCCACCUGUUGGGGUCUCCUAUGUACUAUUUUCUGGCAUAUCUCUCCUUCAUUGAUACCUGCUACUCCUCAGUCAGUACUCCUAAGCUGAUUGUUGAUUCACUCCAUGAAAGGAAGUCCAUUCAGUUCAAUGGAUGCAUGACCCUAGUCUUUGGGGAGCAUUUCUUUGGAGCUGUUGAGGUCAUCUUGCUUACUGUCAUGGCCUAUGACUGCUAUGUUGCCAUCUGCAAACCCCUGCACUAUGCAGCCAUCAUGAGCAGAAGACUCUGUAGUUUACUAGAAGGAGUGUCAUGGGCUGGAGGCUUUUUUCAUGGAGGUAUACAAAUUCUGUUCAUUAUUAGGCUACCUUUUUAUGGCCCUAAUGUCAUAGAUCACUUUAUGUGUGAUCUGAGCAUUUUGCUUGAUCUAGCCUGUGCUGAUACCCACAACCUAGGUAUCUUUGUUGCAGCCAACAGUGGCUUCAUUUGUCUGUUAAUCUUACUGCUUCUGCUCAUCUCCUACACAGUCAUCCUUUACUCACUAAGAACCCACAGUGCAGAAGGAAGGUGCAAAUCCCUUUCUACAUAUGUAUUUCCCAUUGUUGUGGUCUUACUCUUUGCACCCUGCACAUUUGAAUACAUGAGACCUGCAGGUCCAUUCCCCAUUGACAAGUCAGUUGAUUUUAUAGCAGUGAUAACUCCCAUAAUAAAUAACAAAUACUGGCAAUGA